AUGGACGUGCUUCUGGCGGCGCUGGAGGGCUACAACACGUUCAUCGAGGAGAAGACGGUCAGCGCGUGUGAGAUCCUGGCAAAAGGGCAUCUUCCUCUCCACAGAUGCAGUUUCUUCUGGAGGGAUCUAGCUCUCCUGCUUCUUUCCCUCUCUUUGGAGCAGACAUCUGCAUCUGCAGGCUACAGAAUCAAAAAUAAACCAGGGGAAUGCCCCAAAGAGAGGCUCACCUGUCCUCACCAGCAGCUGAACUUGUGCAAAACUGAUUUCGACUGCCAGGAUUACUUGAAGUGCUGCUCUUUCGCCUGUGGGAAGAGGUGCUUGGAUCCAUUCAAAGAACCCUGCUCACUGCCCUUCGACAGAGGACACUGUAAGGGUAAUGUACAGAAUUGGUAUUUUGACUUUGAACAGCGUCGCUGCAGACCCUUUAUAUAUGGAGGCUGCCAUGGGAAUGCCAACAACUUCCCCACCAAGAGUGACUGUGACAAGGCCUGUGGGUUAAUCAUCAAGGUUGGACAGUGCCCACUCUUCCCUUUCAAGACCCGUAUGGAGUGUCCAGAUUCGUGUAAGAGUGAUUACGACUGCCCUGGCACUGAAAAAUGUUGUGAAUCCAAGUGUGGCUUUGUUUGUGCCACAGCCUGGGCAGUCAAAACAGGUUUCUGCCAACGCAAGCCCUUGACUUGUCCCACGAUUGAUAACCCCAAGUGUCUUCAGGAUGAUGAUUGCCCUAGGACACAGAAGUGCUGCUCCUGUUGUGGACUGAAGUGCCUGGAGCCUAAAAAAUGA